AUGAAAUUUGACGAACUCCUGGGGGAAAUCGGGGAAUUUGGUCCCUUCCAAAAGCGGAUAUACUUCAUGGUGUGCUUUACUGCCAUAGUGGGAAGUUACCGGGCAAUGUCACCUGUCUUUCUCUUGGAGAUAACUAAUUACAGAUGUAAAAUUCCAUUUCUCGAGAAUGACACCUACGCAGUUCAGGAUGACAAUCACAAGCAGCUCAUUGAAAGGUUUAUCCCCCAAGUUUCGGAUUCCUACUCCAAGUGUACUUUGUACGACGUCCAUAACAACAGUUCCCGUGCUGAUAGCAACACCACCCAAUACACGUGUGAUGCCUGGGUGUACGACAAGUCAGUUAUACAGUCAUCAGGUCCGACAGAUUUCAACAUGGUGUGCGACAACGAGAUUCUACGUUCCCACAGCAACAUGAUCGAUUUUGCAGGGGGUCUUUUCGGGGCCCUUGUUUGUGGACCUAUUGGGGACAUGUUCGGGAGAAAGAAAGCGUUGAUUGGGACAGUCGUAAUUAACUCUUUAGCAAACGUUGCCAUUGCUCAAAGCGUCAAUUUUGCAAUGUUUGCUGUUUUCAACUUCGUGCUUGGAUUCACUGGGAUGGCGAUGUUUAUGCUGGCAUUUGUCCUGGCUAUGGAAUUCGUUGGACCAUCAAAGAGGACAUUUGCUGGGGUGGUAAUUGAGUACUUCUGGGCAGCGGGAUUGUUCUUACUGACUGGGAUGGCGUAUCUAAUCCGGCAGUGGCGACAUCUGCGAUUGGCGUUGGGCAUACCUCCAAUCCUAUUUGUUACGUAUUGGUGGUUAAUACCAGAGUCACCAAGAUGGCUCAUAUCUCGAGGACGCACAGCAGAAGCCAAUGCGAUAAUAAAGAAGAUUGCAAAGUCCAACAAAGCUACUUUGAGAGACACUGUCAUGUCCGACCUCUCGGUUGAGGAAGAUGUCCAGCAAACACCACUGUGGAGCACAUGUACAAGUCCAGUUCUUGUAAUGAGAUCUGUCGCUGUGUUCUUCAACUGGUUUGCCAUCAACAUUGUCUACUACGGACUAAGCCUGAAUGUGGGCAACUUGAGCGGUGAUAUUUAUCUCAACUUCUUCAUAUCCUGCCUGAUGGAACUUAUUGGAUCCAUAUUGUGCCAUCUUCUUAUGAAUAAAGUUGGGAGGAAGACAAUCCUGUGUUCCUCAAUGAUCCUCGGGGGCUUAACCUGCACUUCGUCUUUGUUCCCUUUGAUUUAUGGCAACUCUUGUAAGAUAUUAUUCCAUCUCAUAGCUGUUAAGAUGAACAUUUACGACAAUAUGGUACUUGUAUUACAACAACAUGCUACAGAGUGGAUACUGAUUGCAAUCACUAUGGUAGGUAAACUGUGUGCUGCUACUGCGUUCACCGUCAUGUACAUCUUCUCUGCGGAGUUGUUCCCGACAACGUUGCGACAGUCUGCUAUGGGUGCAUGUUCCUUGUUCGAAGGAAUUGCUGGCAUGGUGGCACCAUAUAUUGCUGAUCUGGGCAUCCUAACCAAAGGACCUCUACAAGAAGUUCUGCCUCUAAUAGUGUUCGGCUCCCUGACAAUAGUUGCCGGAUUAAUGGCUAUCGUGUUACCGGAAGCACGUGACCAACAGCUACCGGAAACAUUACAAGAUGCCAUCUUUUUUGGAAAACCCACUCCAAGUCAAGAUCAGUACUCUGAUGUGCCAGUCAGUGACAUCACCUAAUUCUCAAGGCUCGUUUAGGAAUUCACGUCCUACAGUUUCAUACCACUGACAGUGACGAUGAGAACAAUAAUGCAAGGAUUAUAUUUUGUCCCAUCUUUCUUUGUUCAACAUUAAUCUUCACGUUCAAUUUUAUGGCGCUUUUUCUUUCCUCGUGAAUAGUUUGUUGUUCACCGCCCUUGCCUGUAUGGGAUACUUCAGAGCACACAUGGGAGUAAACCAACACAUCUAAGCGUUACAUUCCCCGCGAAGACGUGGUGGGCGUAAUCUAUACCAACGGUAUCAUUCUCUGGAAUGCUUAUUGACACAUAGAGGUUACUACUGUAAAUCUAAUAAUCAUAUGACAGUCACGAAUGCCGUAAUCUGUAGUCCUGUUUUGAAUCUUUACAUAUAUUGUCUAUCCUCAAGAUCGAAGUGGAAUUAAUGCAUUACACAACGGUCAUGAGUCGAUUUCAUAUGGCUUACUGCUUAUUAUUCCUACCCAGUGUGGAUUAUCAAGGCGAUGAUGCUGAUAAUUCAGAAUAGACAAGACCAAAUAACAUUUUUUAAACUUUUAAACAAUAUCAAUGCAUUACAAUCAGGAAAGUUGUUCGUCAUAAUCUGACCGAAGGUCAUCACUAUGGAGCAGCCAAUCACGGACGUGGAAUUCGAUAUCGCACAUAUGCAUUACACCAGUUAUUUCAAAUGGGUUUCCCAUCCAUGUGUAAGAAGACAAAGAAAGCCUGUAUUUGUUCUUCAGUUAACACAACACAGUUCCGGUUACAUGAUGGCCUCCCCCAGGAUAUAGACGACAGAACCACCACAACCUGACAAGGGAGCGCCUGCUGUAGUAGUGUCCUGGUCAGGCAGGGAGUUGAACUGGUCAGUUUACAGUUUUUCAAAACGCCUUAUGGUAGACAUGUGGAGGGCAUUUCCAAAUUGAGGCAUCAGUGCCAAAAAUGAUGUCAGUUGCUGUUCCUAUUUUGACUUGUACCAUUCAGGUGAACAAUUGAACUGUCUUUGCAUGUGUUUGUGACGAGAACCACCAGUGGGGCACGACACUUUCACCUUUUAGCAGGCAUCUGGUAUUAGCAUUAUUUGAUAGGAUUCAUAAACACAUGAUCAUAAUACAAUCGGAGUCGCACAAUCAACUCUGCUUUUAGCAGAGAUAUCUUGA